UAAUCAAUUUUAAAAUAACUUUUAUUUAAAACUUUCCCUUAGUAGAACUAUAAGGGGUUUUAAAACUUGAGGGACGUAUUUUUAGUGGUAGAAUACAAGGAUUCUUUCUUAUUCAUUGCAAAGUAUUCGUUAGUUUUUUUUCUCAGAGGAAGGGGGUAUAUUUCUAUGCUCCAUUUCAUCCUUCACUUUCUUAGCUCUCUGUAUACGAUAGAGACGUGGAAAAUAGCUAUGUCAAGCGUUGAAAAUAUGUUGGGGGAGUUGAAAAAACUGAGCAAUACCACGGAGAAAUUACACCAAAUAGAAAAUACGCAAAAACAAUACAUAGCACUUAGAAACCAGGCGGACAUCAAAAACGAACGGUUACAGCGAGCUGUCAGGGAGCUGGACGAUGCUAACUUGAAAAUUCUCGAACUCACCAGGGCCUUAGAGAUAUCCAAAACGAAAAACAGCUAUUUGAACAACACGAUAAGUUCGAUGAAAAGCAGAUUCGAUACUGCUGAAGAUGAGCUCCAGAAGAAUACACAGAAAUCGCACGAGGAUGAUCAGAGAAUUUCGAAGAUUGCAUCAGAAAAUUCCACUCUUCGAGAGGCAAUACACAGGAUUCAGAUUGAAGGCAUGGAACUUAAAAGUAGUUUAGAAAACGAGUCUGUGAAGGGGAUUCGAGAGAAACUAUUUAUGCUGAAACGGGAACAUGAAAAAAGUAAAGAAAUCGAGAUGGAUUUACAGAAAUUGCUCGAAAUGAUGGAACUAAAUGAAACAUUGAAAAAGCGAUGCGAAAUGAUGGAAUAUGAGAUAUUUUCUAUUGAAGAAGAACAGAUGGGGGUGAAAUCUACCAUAGAAAUAGUGAAGAGUUCGAUGGAAGGUACCACAGAAGAGUUAUUGAGACCAAAUUUUGUAUCUUCUGUCGUCUUGAAAAAUUGGGAGACGACAAGAUGUCAUAUUUCCGCUGAAAUGAAUAGGAAUAACGAAAUAUUGGCAAGAAUUAUAGAAGAUUUACAAGAAAAGAGGAGAGAAAAUGAAAGGAUAAUAAUAGAGUUGAAUUAUUACAGGUCUGAAAAUAAGAAACUCGAAAUUAUGAAAGAGAAAUUCGAUGCAGAGAUGAAACCAUGUCAGUGAUAACUUCUUCUUGUGUAUUGUUGUUUUUAGUUUUCGUUCUGUGUUUCAGGUUUUGGUUACUUCAUAUGAUAAAUAUUGCUCUGAUUUAUGAAAGUUUUUUAAGAUAGAGCAUAAGCAUUUUUUCAUACCAAUUUUAAUCGUUACUUGAUUUUCAUUAUUAAAUAUAGCUUAUGUGACAUACAGGCUCUUCCAACUAAGACGUCUCUGAGGUUCUAAACUUGUUAUAUCUUUAUGAUUAAUCGACAUAAUGAGUUAGUUUCAUAGAAUAAUAUCUUGAUGUUA